AAACUCUGAGCACAAUCAAUCUAGCAGUGGAUGCAGGACCUUUUCUGUGAGAACCUGCCCAAACAUGAGGUGAAGACUCAAAUGGACCUUCUGCUUUUUUCCUUUAAAGUCCAUGAACAUUUCUAUGAAUUUGAAAGAAACUAAGGAAUAUAACACUAACAAAGGGGGUGGGAGUGACUGGCAAAAACAAACAAAUAAACAAAAAAAAAAACCCGAAGUCCUCUGGUGCUUGGGUAUAUAUACUAUUGCAUAUACAGAGUACGCAUCAUACAGUAAGAUUUAAUGUGGUGGUGAAUCCUUCAAUUUAAGUGAUUCUAGGUAAUUUUGAAAUUAUUUCAAGUUCUGAAUAUUGAUAUUAAAUAUUGAAAAAUUUAAUGUGGCUCGUUGUAUGACUGUGUGUGACAAACAUAUUUUGAUGUUUGGGCUUCUGUGAAGAUGGGAUCUUGUUUCAGGCAUUCAAGUGAUACUUUUAUGUUUUUGUCUUUAAUCUUACAGUAGUGAGCAGUCCACUAAAGCCAAAACACAAAAGGAAUUGUUGAAAACAUUACAAGAGCUGAAAGCUCACCUUCCUUCUGAAAAGAGAAUCAAGGGCAAAUCUAGUGUCCUAACAACAUUGAAAUAUGCCCUUAAAAGCAUUAAACAAGUUAAAGGUAAUGAAGCAUGAUGCUGCUUAGAUAAUGCCAAGCUUGAUAAAAGUAAACAUGUAAAUAAGAGUUUGAAUGUGAUUGUCUGUGUAAAUUUAAGUUUAUUAUGUUUAAAAACCUCUCUAAAGAAAUAUUUCAGUGGUGUCCCUAUUUCUUGACUCUUAAUUUGGAUUCUUUUGCAAAUUAGAGAAGCUUUUUAGGUGCUUGCUCUUUUACUGAUGUGUUUGUUUAGUUAGGAAAUUCAUUUGCAAAAAAAAUCAAAAUUUAGUUCUAUGAACUAUUGUGUAGACCAAAAUAUAUUAUGAUGCACAACACUCUGGAAGGAUGGUUCAUUUAUAUGUGUUCCUGAUGAGGAAACUACACUGAGGAAAAACUAGUUUGGAGUAGUAUCUAGAUUUCCCAACAGUCUAUCCUGUGCUUGUUGCCCUCCUCUCCCCACCACCACCAAAAAAAAAAAAAAAAAAAGAAAGAAAAGAAAAAAAAAAGAAAAAAAGAAAGAAAAGGGCCAUUUACUGCUUCCAGCCUGGAAGCAGUGUGGAUGUUUUAAUUCUGAUUGUAAGUUGUUUAAUGUUCUCAUAUAGCCAAUGAGGAGUAUUAUCAAUUGUUGAUGAUUAAUGAAACCCAGCCUUCUGGACUCAAUGUGUCAUCUUACACAGUGGAGGAAGUUGAGAAUAUAACUUCAGAAUACAUCAUGAAAAAUGCGGAUAUGUUUGCUGUAGCUGUUUCUUUGAUUACUGGAAAAAUCUUGUACAUCUCUGAUCAAGCUGCUUCUAUUCUCCGCUGUAAGAGGGGUUAUUUUAAAAAUGCCAAAUUUGUGGAGUUCUUGGCACCUCAGGAUGUUAGUGUGUUCUAUACUUCUACUACCCCAUACAGAUUACCCUCAUGGAAUAUUUGCAAUAGAGCUGAGUCUUCCACCCAGGAUUGCAUGGAAGAGAAAUCUUUUUUCUGUCGUAUCAGUGCAGGAAAGGAGCUUGAAAAUGAGAUUUGCUAUCACCCAUUUCGGAUGACUCCUUACCUUAUCAAAGUGCAAGAUCCGGAAAUAGCAGAGGACCAGCUUUGCUGUGUGCUGCUGGCUGAAAAAGUGCACUCUGGUUAUGAAGCACCCAGAAUUCCUCCUGACAAAAGAAUUUUUACAACUACACAUACACCGACCUGUUUGUUUCAGGAUGUAGAUGAAAGAGCGGUACCUCUGUUGGGGUAUCUACCUCAGGACUUAAUAGGAACACCAGUCCUGGUGCAUCUUCACCCAAAUGACAGACCCUUAAUGCUAGCGAUUCACAAAAAAAUACUUCAGUAUGGAGGACAGCCUUUUGACUAUUCACCGAUCAGAUUUUGCACUAGAAAUGGAGAUUAUAUAACCAUGGACACUAGUUGGUCCAGUUUCAUCAACCCCUGGAGUCGAAAAGUCUCAUUUAUCAUUGGAAGACACAAAGUUAGGACGGGUCCUUUAAAUGAAGAUGUUUUUGCUGCUCCUAACUAUACGGAGGAUAGAAUCCUUCAUCCUAGUGUACAGGAAAUCACUGAGCAAAUAUAUCGGCUAUUACUGCAGCCCGUACACAACAGUGGAUCCAGCGGCUAUGGAAGUCUAGGUAGCAACGGUUCACAUGAGCACUUAAUGAGUGUAGCAUCCUCCAGUGACAGCACGGGAAAUAACAAUGAAGACGCUCAUAAGGAUAAGCCGGAGAGUUGUCAAGGUGCCCGUAAGGUCAAAAAUAAAGGACAACAUAUUUUCACGGACAGGAAAGCAAAGCUGGAAUAUAAGAGAGAGCCUUUUGCAGAAAAACAAAAUGGUUCUGGAGGUCAUGUUAAAGAUGUGACAGGAAAGGAUACUGCAAUCACAGCUGCUCCUAAAAGUGUGGUUACUGAGGAGUUGGCUUGGAAGGAACAACCUGUAUAUUCUUAUCAACAGAUUAGCUGUUUGGACAGUGUCAUCAGGUAUUUGGAGAGUUGUAAUGUGCCUGGUACAUCAAAGAGAAAAUGUGAACAUUCACCAAAUGUUGCAUCACUGAAUUCUGGUGUUCAUGAACCAAAAAUAGCUGAUAACGCUAUACAACCUUUAGGAGAUUCUGCUGUGUUGAAGGCAUCUGAUAAAUCAAGUGCCCCCCCAGUAGUUGGUGCUCACUUAACCUCUUUAGCUUUACCUGGCAAACCAGAAAGUGUUGUAUCUCUCACAAGUCAGUGCAGCUACAGUAGCACCAUUGUUCAUGUUGGAGACAAAAAGCCACAACCUGAAUUAGAAAUGAUAGAAGAUGGUCCUGGUGGAACAGAAAUCUUAGAAGGCCAACUUGUACCUCCGUCCGGCUCUGUGCAUGUAAAUCAAGAAAAGGAGUCAUUUAAAAAACUGGGACUUACAAAGGAAGUUCUUGCAGUGCAUACACAAAAAGAAGAGCAGAGCUUUUUGAACAAGUUUAAAGAAAUCAAGAGAUUCAAUAUUUUUCAGUCCCACUGCAAUUACUACUUGCAAGAUAAACCCAAAGGACGGCCUGGUGAACGUGGUGGCCGUGGACAAAGAAAUAGCACUUCUGGGGUGGAUCAGCCUUGGAAGAAAAGUGGGAAAAACAGGAAAUCAAAACGCAUUAAGCCACAAGAAUCUUCAGACAGUACAACUUCUGGAACUAAAUACCCCCAUCGGUUCCCACUUCAAGGUUUAAAUACUACAGCCUGGUCACCAUCAGACACUUCACAAGCAAGCUAUUCAGCCAUGUCUUUCCCUACUGUUAUGCCUGCUUAUCCACUUCCUGUUUUUCCAGCAGCUGGGACUGUGCCACCAGCUCCUGAGGCUCCGCUCUCUGGUUUUAAUCAGUUGCCAGACUCCAGAAAUACUUGUCCUAUGCAACCAUCCCAGUUCUCUGCACCCCUUAUGACACCUGUUGUAGCUCUUGUGCUCCCAAAUUAUGUCUACCCAGAGAUGAACAGUAACUUACCUCACACCCUAUACCACAGCCAACCUGACUUUCCUGCUCAUUCCACUUUCUCUUCACAGACAGUAUUUCCAGCGCAACCACCAUUCACUGCCCCCAACCCUUUCCCACAACAGGCAUUUUUUCCAACGCAGCCAUUCCAUUAUAAUCCACCAGCAGAGAGUGAAAAGGUUCCUGUCACUGAGCCACGAAAUGAACCAUCUCGUUCCUGCACUCCACAGUCAGUUGGUCUGCAAGACCAGGCUUCACCACCGUUGUUCCAGUCAAGGUGCAGUUCUCCUCUGAACCUUCUACAAUUAGAAGAAACCACCAAAACCGCUGAAAGCGGAGCUGGGGCAGGUUUGCAUGGAGCUUUAAGUGAAGAAGGAGCUAUAGGCAAAAUCAUGACAACUGAUGAUUGCAGUGGAAAGGGAUCUUUACCAGCUGAAUCUCCAAUGGACGCUCAAAAUAGCGAUGCGCUCUCCAUGUCCAGUGUCCUGCUUGACAUUCUGCUUCAAGAAGAUGCAUGUUCAGGCACCGGUUCAGCUUCAUCAGGAAGUGGUGUAUCUGCAGCUGCUGAAUCCUUGGGCUCUGGAUCCAAUGGCUGUGACAUGUCAGGGAGCAGAACAGGUAGUAGUGAAACUAGCCAUACCAGCAAAUACUUUGGGAGUAUUGACUCCUCGGAAAAUCAUCAUAAAACCAAAACAAAGACAGAAAUAGAAGAAAGUGAGCACUUCAUUAAAUAUGUCCUUCAAGAUCCUAUAUGGCUUCUGAUGGCAAACACAGAUGACACGGUCAUGAUGACUUACCAGCUACCUUCUCGAGAUUUGGAAACAGUUUUAAAAGAAGAUAAGCAGAAAUUAAAGCAAAUGCUGAAACUACAGCCAAAAUUUACAGAAGAACAAAAAAGGGAGCUUAUCGAAGUUCAUCCAUGGAUCCAGCAAGGUGGACUGCCAAAAACAGUAGCUAAUUCUGAAUGUAUUUUUUGUGAGGACAACAUACAGAGCAAUUUUUAUACUUCGUAUGAUGAAGAAAUCCAUGAAAUGGACCUAAAUGAAAUGAUUGAAGACAGUGGGGAGAACAACUUGGUUUCCCUGAGUCAAGUCAGUGAAGAACAAACAUAGCCCUUGAGCCUCUAGUUUUUAAAGCUGCUUCAAAAUUACAGUGAUGAUCCAUAAAGAUUUUAUUCUUGUUUCCAGCAAGAUGAAUCUGGUUCAUGAAACAAAUGUAUUUUUUCUGUUCUAGAAGAGUCAUUUGUGGAAGAAUCUCUUUUUUAAAUGGUGGCAAUCUCUUCCCAGUAAGGACGUUGAAGAUGGUAUAGCUUUUCUUUAAUAUUGAAGACUCAUAGAUUUGCACUUGUAUGCCUCAAAUAUUUCUUUAUAAACCACAGAAGUUUUCAUUGCCUACUGUUUUUUGUAGAGUGGGUUAAUGAGUACUGAAAAUCCCUGUAUGUACGUACGGUUCAUCAAAUCUCCGUUCAGUAAUGAUGCAGCAUUAUAAAUUGUUCUAGCAGUUUUGCUUAAUGUCUCUUUAGCAUUGCUGUUAAUAUUUGAAGUUGUCCAGCAUAGUAGAAGAAAUAACCUCCAAGCAAAUUAAUUCACACCUGUCCAUCUCAUACCAGUUGAUCCGUCGCCUUUGUUUCCUAUAGUUUUGACUGUUGUUUUUUUGUGUGUGGAUUUUUUUUUUCUUUUCUUUUCUAAAAGCAAGGUAAAACUAAUUCUUUUCAGAAAGCCUUAGGCUAAAAUUCUUAUGUGAAUGUGUAAGAAAGUAUAGACCAGUGCUGACAACUUUGUAGCCUUUUAUUUAAAUGAUUGCUGCAGUACUAUGAACUGUUUAUUAUCUUGAAGCAUCACUUCUGAGAACUUACCUGCAGGGUAUCUUUAUGCUUAAAGACGUAAGAACAGAGACCACAGAGAAUGACUGUGUGUGCUCCAGUGACUGUUAGAUGAAGCUUAGUGUAACUUUAUCUGACCUUCCUGACUUGUUCCUUCGUGAAGCUGGCCGUCAGUGUUGGCCAUCAGUUCUUCUGUUUGGCUAAAUAAAAUUAAACUUGCAUGUGGCAAGAGAGAAAGAGACAUUUCUCGUAAUUUGAAGGAAGCUCUUAUAAAAAGAAGAGAUUUUUGAGGAUAGCAUUCAAUUUCACUGUAUUUGAACUGCAUAAUCUAAAGCUUUGUGGGUAGAGUCCUUUGCUGUCGAGGAUUUAAUUUAAUGUCUCUAAGACUGUAUUGACUUGAAUGUGUACUUUAUGUUCUUGUGCUGUUCAUACAUGUUGGCUGUGGGAAGAGAACAAAAAAGAGUAACUUUGUCAAUAUUAGUUAGGUAAAGGGCAUUUAGUUGCAGUACUGCUAGAUAUCAGCUGUAGGCCUUAGGUUGGAAAACGUGGAGAAAUUCAGUUAACUUUGACAUGUUUCUCUUAAAAUAUUUUUUAUGAAAUGUUUCCUUUUUUAUGAUAACAUUUCUAUUCACUGAAAUUUCAGGUUGUCUUCAUUCUAUGAAAAUAGUUCUCUUUGCGUAGAAAGAGGACAUGAAGUUAAACAGCACCAAAAACAUGCAGAAGUGGCUGGUAUUUGCUGGAUGGAAGAAGUAAUAUGUUUAAACUAACUAGUUAUUAAUUGGACAGUGUCAUGACAAAACUUGCAUUGGAGACAGGUUCUGGAGUUAGCAGAGAGAAUGAACUUGUGAAACAGGUAGAAUCACAAUUUAAAGAGUGAAUAUCUUAAACGUGGUGUGAAGCACUACCCAGCAACAUCUGAUUCCUGUCUUUAAUAGUUUAGCAAGAUCAAACUUAAACAUGUAAAUAUAAACUGAAUGAGAAAAUUUAAAAUGUUGGUGUUCAAGUCCAAUGUAUUAAAUGUUUUAACCAUAAAUGAAACAGUGCAGCUAUACCAGCAUAUUAAAUAUAUUCCUUUCUUUUAACAUUUAAAAACAAAUGGUUUUAAUUGGACCAGGGUUUGGGAAAAUAAAAGCUUUAUAUAAAAGGAGUGCAUCAUAAUUAUACAAAUGAUUUUCAGGGACUUCUCAACCACUUUGUGAACGUCUUUGCUUUAGCAUGCUUUUUAUCCUUGUUUGUUUUCAUUGUUUGUUUGUAGUGGUUUUUUUUUUUUUUUUUUUUUAACGACCAUCUUGUAACCGUAACUUAGUGAAAGGAAGAGAAAAGUGUAUUUAGAGCAUUUUGUGGAUGUGCUUACUUAAGAACUUAUUCUUGCAUCCUUUAAAGUGUUUGCAUUUACAGGGUGGUAUUAAAAUAUUUUCCUGUAACUUUAAAUCUACAUGCCUCCAUUUAUAGAUAAGAUUCUGAAGCUGUAAUUUUUUCCAAACUGUUGUAAGAGGACUUAUUUGUGAUGACACUUUGUCAACAUGUCAAUGAUGUUUUCUGUACACUGUGCAAUAUAUUUUGGUUUUGCCACUUGUGACUAAUUUUUAUGACUUUGCUUUUUAGAAAACUGGUAAAUAA